GUUUGACAAGACCCCAGGAAGUGCAGCAACAACUACGGGCUUAGGUAGUCAUUCAACCGGCUCAACGGCCUACAGACGAACAGUUAGGACUCUGGAGAAGCUCAACGGAACUGUUUGAACCGUCAGUCUAUGCUCUGGCUCUUUGCUCUGGCUGUUUGCUCAAGGAAGUGUCAGCCACUCGACCGCCGUUUGUGGCUGAUGCUUCAGUUGUCAACCACAACCACCUGAAAGGCGGAGCUACAGGCCCGCGCCUUCCCGGCUGACAGUGACUUGCCCGCUGUAAUUUCAGUGGGCAGGAACCUCCUUUCUUUACCUGCGUCUUUGAGGUUCUUGUGACACAGUUUUAUGUGAUUUUGUUCUUUUAGGUAACAGUGCCACGGAUAAUCACCGUCUUUGCAACAAAACCUAUGACGAAACGUCUGCCCAUCACCUCUUCCUGAUUGCUCAACUUGAACGGGCAGUGUCGGACACGACGGGAUCGGGGGCGGACAAGCUGACUCGAUGUGCGACAGCCGACCGUGCAGGUGGGGACGGAACCUGGGACCAGCCCCACUCUUGUCAACGCUUUUUAGACGAGGUGGGAAAAAAUUGCAGCUUCCUCCCGCAACCUCAAUCAAAUCCGCUCCCUCUCAAUAUGCGAGGCACCCUCAUUUUCUCGGGCACCAGCUGCCCAUCCCUCACAAAGCAAAUAUGUGAGAAUCUCGGCAUGGCUCCGGCCGAGGCCGAGCUCACCCAAUUCUCCAACGGCGAGACGAGCGUCCGCAUCCUCACCAGCGUGCGCGAGAAGGACGUCUUUGUCGUGCAGUCCGGCAGCCCCAAGAUCAACGACACCAUCAUGGAGCUGCUCAUCAUGAUCUCGGCCUGCAAGGGAGGCUCGGCGAGCAAAGUCACUGCUGUCCUGCCAUACUUCCCAUACAGUCGCCAGUCCAAGAAGAAGUCGCAUAGAGGAGCGAUUACUGCGCGGAUGUUGGCCAACCUCCUUGGGGUUGCGGGUGUUAAGCACAUUGUAACGGUCGAUCUGCACGCGUCACAAAUGCAGGGCUUCUUCAAGUGCCCGGUGGACAACCUUCACGCAGAGCCGCUGAUUGCUCGCUGGAUCAGACACAAUGUGCCAGACUGGAAGGAGGCGGUGGUGGUGUCCAAGAACGCCGGCGGCACCAAGCGUGUCACGUCUCUUGCCGACGCACUCAAGCUGAACUUUGGCAUGGUCACUACGGACAAAAGACGAGGCCACAACAUGACGGCGAGCAUGAUCAUGAACCACCUCGACGGCAUUGAGCGACAGCCAGUGCUGGACCCCAUCAGUAACCAGGUGCGUACCACCUCGACCGAGCCCGAAAAGGAAGCAACAAACGCACAAUCCCAAGACUCGCGCGUUGUGGCAGACGGCCAGGGAUCACCUCGCCCUGCUGCUAACGGCACACGUGCCCGCUCUGCGAGCAACCCCAAGCCCCACCACACCAGGUCUCAAACCACGCUAUCACAGUCGUCGGUCAUUGAUGAGCUCGACGAGGAGGCGGAAGGUGACGAGCUCGAGUUUAACGAUCAGAGAGCAGCAGAGGUCAUUCAUGGUCGCUUGGUUCAAGGCCAUAUCGUGCCGGAUGAUUUUGUAUCACCGGCAGAAAGUGUGGCAGGGACAGAGAUUCCAGACGAAGAUCCCAUGGUUAUGUCCCAUGCGUCUUCGUUUUUUGCGCCCCAGUCGCAUGCCCUGGGUGGCUCCGGUGAUGCGGAAGCCAGUUCAGAUGAAGAGGAGGAGAUUCUCAAACCAAAAGUUGAACACAUGAUCACGUUGGUGGGCGAUGUGAAGGGCCGUUCGGUCUUCAUCGUGGACGAUAUGAUCGACAAGCCCGGCUCGUGGAUUGCUGCGGCCGAGACGGUACGGAAGCGUGGCAAGGCCGAGAAGGUGUACUGCAUUGCAACACAUGGUGUCUUUGGAGGCGAUUGCCUUGAGCAGAUGCAGGCUUGUGAUUGCAUCGACACCAUCGUGGUGACCAACAGCUAUCCGAUACCCGAAGAGAAGGCGCGCAAGGCCAGCAAACUGGUGGUUCUCGAUCUGUCGUUCCUCCUGGCUGAGGCGAUUCGCAGAAACCACUACGGCGAGUCGAUGUCGCCACUGUUCCAGCAUGUCUUGGACUCAUAACACCUCUCCCAGCAGGUAUCUAUCUUCUUUAUUCGUUUUUCCGUCACAGCCGGGCCUCGCCAUGACCUCUCUCUCUUUUUGAUCUGAGAUGGGACCGGCUCAGGCUACAAGCGUCGGCGUUUGGUGAUAUGGCAGCGUUGCGUUCAUUUUUAACAGGCAGCAGGAUUGGCGGCGAUAGACGUUCAUGAGCAGUCAGAUACCGAAUUGACAGUUACAGUCAUCAUGGUGGGCAGCAGUGACCGGACCGCUCUUCCCUCCUCUCCCUUGUUCCCCCUCUUGUCUUGUCAUGCCGACAAGACAGGCUCUAGAGAUUACUCAUAUAUUCCCCCCUACACUACACUACACUACACUACACACACACACACCCAGCGAUGCUAUCACUAGAGAUGGCAGGAGCAAAGCUCAUCCCAGAGCUUGUUCUUAACGGAGCGUUGGAAGAUCAAUAAGCGGGACAGAAGGCCCUUUACCCGACUCUCUCUCGUAGAGUUGCUUCCGCAAGGUUGAUGGGUAACGGGCAAGAGAACUCCCCGCUACAUUUAUGCUUAAGAGCCUGCUGUUUUGUACAAGUAGAUGUUGUGCUCCAGUCUACAGCCUGCGUGUUUGUCUCUUUUAUCUUUGGCACAACUUUAAGCUUGGCAUCAGAACUUUUCGCCGUGGUGGUAUUCUGCCAGAUAGAUACCUAGAGCAUUGGCAUUAUCGACUUAGCUAGGUGUACUUGGGGGUACUCCAAUAAAUACUGACGUUCAAGAACUGC